ACUCAGCUUCAACUUGCCGCCAAACGUCACAGCAAACUGUGUCGCGGACAUUCACUAGUCUUUCAUCACAUCCAGGAACACAAUGCUCAUCACGGCGUACAAUACCACGCCGGCCGACCUGACGAGUGUAGGCGGACCAAAGAACGGCUGGGUUCUUGACUCAAUUGCCGCAGAGGUCAACAUAACCACAGGAGAAGUGCUAUUCACUUGGAGCCCGCUUGCUCAUCUCAAAGUGAAUCAAAGCCACUAUCCACUCAGUGGUGCCGGUCUGAACCAAAGCAACCCGUACGACUUCUUCCACAUCAACGCCAUAGAACUCGUCGGAGAGAACUACUUAAUCAACAGCCGUCAUUUCUGGAGCACCUUCCUCGUCAACCCCAAGGGCGAAAUCCUGUGGGAGAUCAAUGGCGAGACUGGUGGAGAUUUCGGCACAUUACCCGAAGGCGGUACAUUCUCCUGGCAACACUUUGCACGUGUGCAACAGCUCAAUUCAACCAAGGCUCUGGUGUCUUGGUUCGCCAACAACAACGAUUUGACUGGUCAAGCCAAUGCCAAACCCAGCACAGGCUUAUCUCUCCUUCUCACACUUCCACCCAACGCCACCUCUCCACCAGUACUAGUCACCAACUUUACCAACCCUCAUUCUCCCGUCGAUGCCUGGUCCCAAGGGUCCUUCCAGUACUUGCCCAAUAAUAACAAAUUCAUCGGCUACGGCUCCAACGCAGUCAUAGCCGAGUACGGACCGUUCACGAACGGCACAAACGGCACUGAAGGCCAAGUACGCUGGGCCGCGAGUUUUGGAUCAGGCGAUCUUGUAUCGAGUUAUCGCGCCUACAAGCAGGUCUGGCAUGCGACACCCGCCACUAAGCCCAGCCUCGUCGUCUUGCAGGCAGCUUCAAAUGACACGUUGACGCACUGUGCAGGGUCUUCGACAUGGAGAGGUUACGUGAGUUGGAAUGGCGCCACCGAUGUGACGAAGUAUAUCGUGUACACUGGGUCGACGAAUACUACGUUGACGGCAACGGGUCAGGCUAGCAAGACUGGAUUUGAGACCGAGUUUGUGGUACCAUCAGGUGCCGCUUACGUGCAGGUUGGAGCUGUCGAGAACAAUGGGACAGCUGUGACUAGGAAGUCUAGCGUCGUAGCUGUGGGAGACAGUUGAUCUAGUUAGCAUAACCAUCGGUAUCCGUGGGAUUCAUAGAGUUGCAAAAGUCACGCUAUAAUUAUGCAUGUGGUAGUAUCCAAC